UGGUGGUUGAUGACCAUUACAUUUGUAUGGGCUGCAAAAUAUCCUAUCAUCGUGGAUAAUGAGAAAAGUAUGCAUAGAUUUCCAUAUAAACCAAUAUAUGGUUUACCUGAUAAUUUGAAUUGUACAAAUGAUUUACGAAAAAAAUUUAAUGAAUGUGAAGAUGAUGCCAGUGAAACAUGGUCAAUUACGAUUGAUGAAUAUUUUUAUGAAACAAGAAAAUUUUGUUGUUUUGCCUGGUCACAAUUAACAUGUGAAAUAUCUGUAGCCAAAGAAUGUGAAAAAGAAUACGCUGAAUUACUUCUACAACAAACAAUAGAUUCAUUUGAUAAAAUUUGUAGUUCAAAAAAUUAUGGCAGUAAAAGCAUUCCUUGUUCGAUUACACCAAAGAUACAGCAAAUAUUAAUUAUUGUUGGUGUGAUUGUUGGAAUAAUAACAUUUUUGUGUUUGAUAGCUGGAUUGGCAUAUAAAUGUAAUCAAGCAAGUAAAAUAGGUAAAUUAAAAACCCAAGCAUACAAGUUAGCUGAAGAAAAUAAAAAGAGGGAAAUUCAAGCCAUAUUGGAUAGUUAUAAAGGACGUGGUGCAAAGUUGAAUAAGCAAGGACAGCCAUCAAAUAUAGGAUCAUCAUUUUUAACAAAAAAGAAUGAUUCUAAAAAGUUACUUGUUACUAGUGGAUCCAUUCGGAAUAUUCCACAAUCUUCCCAAGAUCAAACAGAUAUCAUAAUAACUUCAACAUCAAACCAACCCGAAUUGGAGAAUAUUACGAAACCGGACUCUUCAUCUUUAACAGAUGGAAUUCUCAUUGAAAAUGCUAAUAAAAAAGUAGCACCACCAAAACCACCAAGAAAAUCGAAAAUGUUGGUGAGUCCUACGGCGGAACCGGACAUUUCAUCUUCAACACAGGGAAGUCACCUCGAAAAUGCUAAUAAAAAAGUAGCACCACCAAAACCACCAAGAAAAUCGAAAAUGUUGGUGAGUCCUACAAAACCGGACAUUUCAUCUUCAACACAGGAAAAUCUUGAAAAUUCUAAUAAAAGAUUAGCACAAAGACCAAUACCAAAAAAAUUAAAAUACCAGAAUUUAGGGGAAUUGUGGGCUUCAUUUGCAUUAAAAGAUGAUCAAACCAAUGUUAAUAAAGCAGGUCAGGAACGAAUUCUAAUACCAGUAGACCAGAUGUCUGAUGAAAGUAAAAGAAGAGAAACUGAAGCCAUAUUUGAAAGUUAUAGAGGACGUCCAUUUCGCCAGUAUCAAACAAGGACGAAUAAAAGUAUAACAACAAAUCAAUCAGCCAUUAAUAAAAAAGGUCUUGGUGGAAUUACGUCCGACAUUUCAUCUUCCUCACAAGGAAAUCUUGAAAAUGCUAAUAAAAGAUUAGCACAAAGACCAAUACCAAAAAAAUUAAAAUACCAGAAUUUAGGGGAAUUGUGGGCUUCAUUUGCAUUAAAAGAUGGUCAAACCAAUGUUAAUAAUCAAUCAAUAUCACCAAUACCAACACCAACACCAACGCCAUCAUCUUCAUUACCAAUAACAACAACCACCGAUAAAUUGACUUCAAACAUUAGCCAAGAAUUGUUGAAUGUAAGCAUGGAUAAACUCAUAUAAAACAAGAAAUACAUCAAUCGAAAUUAUAAAAAAUAUGUUUGUUUUCGGAUGAAACAUCACCAAUCACAUUAUCAUUAAUCAGUU